UCUCAAACUCGAUUACAAUAUCAUUGUGAGAGAGAAGCACAGGCGAAGGGAAGUUGUGUAGGGCAGUCUUCGUUUUGUUGUAAAUUGAAACAUUCUGACUGUUGGAAAGCGGAAAUAAAGAACUGCCAUCAUGAGUGACAUGAGCGACUUAGACAGACAAAUUGAGCAGCUACAGCGGUGUGAGGUUAUCAAAGAAAGUGAGGUGAAGGCAUUAUGUGCCAAAGCCAGAGAAAUCUUGGUAGAGGAAGGCAACGUGCAGGCAGUAGACGCUCCAGUCACAGUAUGUGGUGAUAUUCAUGGGCAGUUCUAUGACCUCAAAGAAUUGUUCAAAGUUGGUGGCAAAGUUCCAGAGACAAACUAUUUAUUUAUGGGUGACUUUGUAGACAGAGGAUUUUACAGCGUGGAGACAUUUUUGCUGCUGCUGGCCUUGAAAGUACGCUAUCCUGACCGUAUCACACUGAUCAGAGGCAACCACGAGAGCCGACAGAUUACACAAGUGUACGGUUUUUACGAUGAGUGUUUACGCAAAUAUGGCUCUAUCACCGUGUGGCGCUACUGUACAGAGAUCUUUGACUAUCUCAGUCUUUCAGCAAUUGUUGACGGCAAGAUUUUCUGUGUGCACGGUGGCCUGUCUCCGUCCAUCACAUCCCUCGACCAGAUCCGACAGAUAGACAGAAAGCAAGAGGUGCCUCAUGACGGGCCCAUGUGUGACUUGCUCUGGUCGGAUCCUGAAGACAUGCAAGGCUGGGGAGUGAGUCCUCGGGGAGCUGGCUUCCUGUUUGGCAGUGACGUGGUCAACACUUUCUGUCAGGAGAACGAGGUGGAUCUGAUCUGCCGGGCUCACCAGCUGGUCAUGGAGGGCUACAAAUGGCACUUUGGGGAGAUGGUGCUCACCGUCUGGUCUGCGCCCAACUACUGCUACAGGUGUGGAAAUGUUGCUGCUAUCUUAGAGCUGGACGAGAAUCUGAAACGAGACUUUACGAUAUUUGAAGCUGCUCCCCAGGAGUCUCGGGGUAUACCGUCCAAGAAACCUCAACCAGACUACUUCCUCUAGCUCAUUUGUUUCAUUCUGCGGUACCUGUGUGAACGUUGCGACGGGAGGGGACAGCAUCGCAGUAGUACCUGUUGUCUACGACCAACACGUCCAAUGCAGCUCACGGAGAUGUUGGGGGGUGGGGUGAAGGAUCACAUUAGAAGUGUGGCUUGGAUGAUGAUAUGACUUUUCUGACAAGGAUUGGAUGAUGAGAAUGAUUUGACUUUUUUUUUUUUUACUAUGAUUGAGUGAUGAAGAUGACUCAGUUGACAAAGAUUGUGUGACGAUAAGACAUUUUUGACAGUGAUUGAAUGAUGAAGAUGACUAGACCGUUGACAAGGAUGUGGAUAAUGAUUCUGAAGAAGAAAUGACAGUUGGUAACAAGGUUAAGUGAUGCUGAAAGUCUUUGAAUGUAAUAUGAAAAUAUGUUGCAGCAGUAGCGGUGUGUGGCUGAUGUGUCUUGAAAAAGAAAAGAGUGAGGAGGAAUGGGUUGUGCUUUUAAAGAUGAGUAUUACAGAUAUUGCGUGUGUGCAUGUGUGUGAGCCUGGGUAUGUGAAUAUGUACAGAUAUUUGUGUGUGUGUGGCGCAUAUGUGUGAGUGCAACAUCCUGCAGCUGACUUGAACCAAGAUGCAAACACAUGCUGUGGUCAUUUAUUCUCUGUCCUUUGAUUGAUGGUCCCUGCUUCCUUUCGUGUUUGUCAAAUUCUCUGCUGGGUUAGGUUGGGGUUGUUGUUUUUUCUUCUUAUUCUUCAGGAGAGUUUUCUGUUGGGGUGGGUGGCCAUGGGGCCACCUCUUGCAGCACAUAAUUGUUCUCUGAGACAAGAUGGAAAAUGGCUCAGUACUAAGUGCAGAUCCCCCAUAGUUUUUAUUCCAGCAUUUGUAGAUACAUGAUGAAUGUUUAUAUUUUAUAUUAUCACUGGCUUGGGUUUGUUUUGGGGGUUUUCUCAACCUGACUGGCUGAACUCCGGCAAAGUGGGGGGGGGGGGGGCAAUAUGUGGAAGUACAGAAGUGCAGUGAUCUUGUUCAGUAGCAUGUAAAUUGUGUUCUGUUAUUCACUGGUAGGUCCUUAUCUUCUUUCCCUCUGUCAUUUUUUUAGGCAUUGUGGUGAAAUCAGACAUUCAUGGAAAUAACGAUAUUGAAGAAACAGGUAUUUUUCUGUCCAUUUGGCAAUUUGUAUCGAUUUUAUUAUAUAAAAAAAUUUUUUUACUCAACACCUUUAAGGUUGUAUAUGUUUGUAAUUAUGUUAAUGUAUUUCUCUUCACUCUACCGAAAAUAACGAUGUUAGAUUGAGCAAGAGGGACUGUUUGUAAUGUAAAUAAGUAUAUUCUGGUACUUUUUCAUUAUCUUGGUUGUUUCACAUCCAUAUGAUGGGUGGUUGGAGGGUGCUGCUGGUAGACUCUACUUUUUUUUUCUCUCCUUCUGUUCUCUCUGUUUGUCUGUAGUACUGUCGCAGGUGUGUGGAGGAUGCCACUGGGAGGCUCUGCUUCUUUUCUUUUCCUCUGUUGGUUUCUGUCUAUCUGUCUUGCCUUUUCCCUGUCUUAAAUUACAGAUAUUGUGUCAGUGUGCUUCUCCCUGCUCCCACCAACGUGUUGGUCUUUUCCUAUCACUGUACAACAGUUAUUACGUUUAUAUAUAUGCUUCUGUUCUAACAAGCUGCCAUGUGGAGUCUUUGACCUUGCAAUUGGCUUUUUUGUUCCAUAUGAACAAGGUCUGUUGAAAGAAAUGGCAACUUACUGACUUGUGGGAUUUGUAAAAGACAUGACCAAGUGAAUGUGAUGUGGCAACAUCAAAAAAUGUCUUUUUUGUUCUUUGAGAAUCUGAUCUGUAAUGGUAUGGAUAUCAGAGAUGUUUUCUGCCAAGAAUAAAGGUUGAUGAUUGAACUCUUUUUGUGUGCAAUUGCCCGUUUUGUUCUAGAUGUGAAAUGUUGUGAAGGUUCCAACAGUUUUAAGCGAGUCUGGUUUGCUUCUGUGCUUGUUUCGGUUUGGAUAUUGCAUGAUUUAGUGGUUGUUAUGUUUGAAGGGGGCUGGACUCAUAUAAGCAUUGCCACCUUGAAAUAAUGACUUCUUGAUUUCCUUCUACGUUUUGGUAGCUGGCAAGUGUUCUGCUGGGGGUGUGGGUUGGUCAUGGUAGAAUCUACUUUUCUUUCUCUUUGUUUCUCACUUCUCACUAAAUGACUGUUAUAGUAAAUAUGUGCUUUUCUUUACUUUACUAUUGUUGAUGGUUGUCACUGUGUGUGGUGUCUGUUCAUUCUUUUUUUCUUUUUUUUUUUGUUUCGUCUCAUUUUAUUCAAUUGGUCUCUGUGGUGUAGCAGUUAGGCUCUUCUCUGUUUCUCAAUAAUUUGAGUUCGAUUUCUGAGUGGAAAAUUUUUUUUUAACUAGUAUCUCUGUCUGUUGUGAUGUUGUAUCCAACUCAGUCCAGGUUGGUCGUGACAUCCAUGAUUGAAUUAGCCUGCCUCCAAAAGUCUAAAUUGUGUCGAUGGGGGGUGUGAAACACAAUUUAUUUUUCACUUUCCUGGUGCUUUAUGUUAAAUUUUGUGUGUCGAUGCAUUUCUCUUCUCUAUCAAACUCUCAGAAAUUUUAUUAUGUUUCUCUUCAGUUGCCCUAUCUUAAGUUUAAAAUUUGACUGUCAGUUUAACCACAGUGUCUGAGGUGUGUAAAGAUUAGGCUCUUCCCCUUUCACGCAGAAGACGUGAGUUCAACUCUCUCUCUCUCUGGGGAAGUAUUUCAUUGGGCCUAUACCAUCAUAUUUUCUAUGAGAUUAUUGCCUUUGUUGUUUUUCACAUGUAAUCUUGGACCAUACAUUUGGGGAAAACUUUGUUAAAUUGACCAUUUGAUAGAGCAGAAAUGCUAAGGAAUGUUAUACGUAUCAGUGAGGGAUGAGUCUUAUUAUUAUGUUGUAGCCCUCCCACUUUCUGUUCAAGCUUUAUGACAUCAGUUCUGUUUUUAUUUAUAGUGCAUGUACCUUUACUUUAAUAAUUUGUUUGGAGACCACAAUUGGAAAAAUAUUCGUCUUCUCACUUUCAAGUGAGUGGUUUGAGGGCGCCACUGGUAGAUACUACUUCUGUACUUCCACUCUGUCAUUUCUGUUGUCUUACUUUUUCCUAGCACUAAAUGACCAUUAUUGUGUCGAUGUGCUUCUUUUUACGCAAACAAUCACUUUUAAGUUUAGAGAAAAUGAAGUUAAAGAGUUCACACUUGCUGUUUGGAUGGUGCCUCUAAUAGUAAUUGCCCGUACUUCCAUUCUUUCCCUCUAACGCUCCUGUCUUUCUAUCUUGCCCUACUCUUUGGCUGCACUAAAUGACUUUUAUUGUGUGGAUGUGCUUCUCUUUGCUCUUAUCAUUUAAGUUAAAAAGACACAGUACUUUGAUUGUUUCAAUUAUGUUUUAAACCUUUUGAAAAUUGUCCCCAUCUCAUGCUUUCACUGGAAAAAUAAAGGGCAGAAGAUGCAGAGGAAGACCUAGAAUAAGUCACUAAGAGAACUUGAAUUAGGAAAAAAACCAAGAUGAUGCUGUAUUUUGAAAGCAUCAGGGCAAAGAAAUGAAGGGUAGAUCAUGGUCGCCAAUGUUUGUUUCAAAUCUGGUGCUGUAAGAACUAAGAACAAGAAGAACCUAUGUUCAAACCUAUAGUACAGUUUGGGGCUGGUACAGUUGAAAUUGUCCAAGGCAGCCAGCCGUAGUCGAGAAAAGUAGUUGUCCAGACAAGUGAAUGCCUUGGAGAAUCUCAUAAAAUAGAAGAAAAAAACACACAGUUGGAAGUCUUUGUCAGAGGUGGUCGUUUGUACAAGUGAUUGUUUUGGACAGGUGGCAGUAAGAGCAGGUUCGGUUGGACAAUACUAUUUGGGAGUAAUGAGUGGGAAUAGAGAGAUAAUGCUGAAUGCAGCAAUUUAAUUCUUUCUAGUCUCUGAAUGAUUGUUUUUUCAAUGUGGUGAUCUUCAGUAAUGAAUUUCAUCAGACAACCAUGACGGGGAAGAAAUGUAACUUACAUUACAAUGUUUUCAGUCGUCGCUUGUUAAUGCAUUACUUUCCUACAUGUACACAAUCAUGUGUUAUCUAUCAGAUUUUUUGUGAGCAAAAUGUUUCGAUGGUGUUAUUGGCAUGCUCUAACUGUGGAACUGGUUUCUUGAAAAUUUUUCUAAAUGGAAAAAAAAAA